UCUUAAAUUAAAAAACGUAGAAUACAUUGAUAAAAAUUCAAAUAUUGAAUAUAUUUUACAUUUCUAUCAUAAAAAUGAUAUCUAUAUACUUCUUGAUACUGAUGAAUAUGUUAUUAGUGGCAAUUUAUCACUAGCACAAUAUAGAUUUAAGGAACUGUAUGAAAAAUCAGAUAGUAGUUUAAGCAAAUUCUUAAUAGCUAAGCUUAAAAUAUAUACAAAAAUAAAAGGACCAGGUUAUCCAGUUAUUCGCCAUUAUAUUAAUAGAAAACUGGCAAAUAACAGUGACUAUUUCGAAGAGGAGGAAUUAAACAUAUUGUUGCUUGUGCAAAAAAUGGUAAGAUGGAGUGAUGACUCUAAUGGUUCAAAUGAACAGCUUGAAAAAGGAGCAUCAGCUACUCAAGGAUGUAGAUGCUAUACAGUUCAAUUAACUGACAAUAAAGUUAUAAGAUUAAUUGAUACUCCUGGCAUAGGAUCAAGCUAUCGUCCAGGAACAACAUCAACAUCACUUCGUAAAUUCCUUGAUGAUUUAAAGGAAAAAUCGGGUGUUGAAAUAAAAGUUAACAAAGAAACAUCAUUUUAUUUGGAUAAUGAGUUAUUUAAGAUCCUUGCUCAAAUUCAAAAAGGUGUUUCUUUUACAGCAGAAGAAGAAGAAGAUUUUAAAAAAAUAAAAGAUAUACUAUCACUUAACAAUUCAAGAAAAAUGAUAAAAUUUCUUCUUAAUAUUCUUGCAACAAUGCAAGUAACCAUUGAUGAUACUAUCAAUAAAAUAAUUAUAGCUCAAAAAAUGUUACAAGAAAAUAAUAAAACUAUUAAAGAAAUAUUAGAAACUGGUGAAGAAAUUUUAGAAUUCCCCAAA